GCAGUAGCUACACUACAGUCGCGAAACCGUGGCGGGAGAGAUCGCAAACAGGUGUCUUUUCGCAUGGUUGUUUGCGCAUCGAUCUCCCUAAUAGCUGAGGCCGUACAACGCAGCGUGGUAUUGUAAUGACUGCCUUGGCAACCACUGCCGCCAUCCCAAACUGCAAUACCACAGCCUCAACCAUGCGCACCACGCGUGCCUGCGCGCGUGGUGCGACCAAGUACACCCUCAACCAGGAGCAGGCAUUACUUGAGCCACAAGCCAAUGAUCAAGUCCGAACCACAAUGUCUUUGCUAGCAGACACACAUCCGUCCACUGCUCGUUAGAGCAGCAGGCACCGGAGUCAGGCCGCUUACAAUGCGGAGCGCCUUUCGUCAUUGCGAAACCGUUGACAUGAACUUCUUUUCGUGGAGACCGAGC